GUCACCCAGGUAGUGUUCGCCUAAACUAUCACCAAACACCAAUUCAAUCACUACCUAACUUUGCUCACGGCUACUAUCUAAAAUGCAGUACUGGAUUCUCUCUAGCUACAACUUUAGAUUAUACCCAUUGAUUAUAAUUUCAUGACAUUGGUUAAAGGUAUAUCUACGCCACCUUCAAGAUAAAAAAGCGCCUUACACGUUGUUUACGUGCCUAAGUGCGCAUCGUUCGAGUUAAAACCCCUUAAGCCGUAUCCUCUGGUAGGUAGAUCAUGACGGAUUCCAACGCACAAAGGCAAUGUCCUUCCCGGCGCACACGAAGAACACGCUUUGUCUGUAUCUCUGACACCCAUAACUGCACCGUCAAACUGCCCAAAGGAGAUGUCCUCAUCCACUGUGGUGAUCUCACGAACCAAGGGAGCUUUAACGAGCUCACAAAGCAAGUUCGGUGGCUCGAGCAGGCUGACUUCGAAUGCAAAAUCGUAGUGGCAGGCAACCAUGACUUGACACUAGACACUGAAUUCUACAGAGAAUACGGGCCUUCCAGGCAUGGAAACAUAACCCAAGUGCCCGAGGACUGUCAGUCCUUGCUCACCCAAUCUGAAACACUCACCUACCUGCUCCACGAGAGCCGGACCAUCAGGUUAACGUCUCCAUCGGGCCCACAGACUACAUUCUCUGUUUUUGGAUCACCCUACAGUCCGGCUUGGGGCGGCGCGUGGGCGUUCCAAUAUCCACGACAUGAUGAGGAUAACAUAGCUGCCAAGUCCCUUUGGGAGCAGAUACCCCUUGACACAGAUAUCUUGAUCACUCAUGGUCCGGCACAUACGCACUGCGAUGAGUCCCGUAUGCGUGAAGCCGCGGGGUGCGAAAUCUUGCGACAGCAACUGUGGCGGGUGCGACCGCGCCUGGCGCUAUGCGGGCACAUCCAUGAAGCCCGAGGGGUCGAGCGCGUAACUUGGGACCUUGAGGACAAAAAUGCGCAAUAUGCGGAGCUGGGACGAACUCGCUGGCAGGAUCCCAACCCAGACAGCGAGAAAAAUGCGCUUGUGAACCUCACUGUAAAGGGUGGCAUGCCGCUGAACAAUGACGGGAGCCUCUGUCGGUUAACCGAUGGAUCCCAUAAGGACUGGCGCGAUAAACAUAGAGGCGAUCCUGAUGAUCUCGCCUACCCGGGUAUCGGUACCCUCGGUCUUGGUGAGAAGCCGGACUCAGAGCGGAGUGACCAAGUGGCACUGGAUGGGCGGCUUGGUCGCAAGGAGACAUGUAUUGUGAAUUGCGCGAUCCAGCAUUCCAGCUACCCGCACUCAGGCCGGGGCCCACGGAAACUGAACAAAGCUAUUGUCAUAGACCUGGAUCUCCCUGUAUGGGAGGACCCGGAGCCGUAUGCUAAGGCAUAGGAGCAAAGAUGCAGAG